UGACAACUACGUUCCAAGUCCAACUGUUUUGACUGAUUCUCCUUGAGUAUUUAAGCGAUGCAUUAUGCAUGCAUAACUUGCGUUGCUCCGUUUUAGCUUCCUUUUGCCAAGGGUGAUCCCUGGGCUCCUGUUAAAACGAUUAGGAAGUUAUACAGAUUAUAGUAGGCUGAAGUUUAGUAUCAGUGACGAGAAAGGAAAUUUUACUGUUACUAGCCUAUACUAGUACCUAACUCUGCUCUUAACUCGAACAGGACAAUGUUUUGUGAUCUCAAUUGUGUUUGUAAAGUGAGGCUUUUACGCUAGCUUCCGGAUAUCCGUUUGUCACCACCACCUGUUCAACUUCAACUUCCAGUUUCAAGCUGUGGGACUCUGGAAGAAGAAGACUACUGGCGACUAUGAAGCUGUUCAGUGGAAAGGGAGUACAAUAUAUCUUUUUAUACUGAUUGACCGAGCAAAGAAGAAGUAUUGGCGAACAUCAAGGCAUGCAUGAUUCAUAGCAGUGGAGAGACUUGUGUAAUGGGUACCAGGCAGGUGUUCUGUUGGAGGAGUCCUGGGUGAGCUGUAAUGAAAACAAGAGUGUAAACUGACUAAAGUCAUCAGAUCUUUUCUACUGAAGCUCGAAUGCCUCUGGUUUCCCCACCAGGUAUUAACAGAAUCAGAGAACGCAGUCUCAGAUCAUGAUGAAUGCAUCAAGUCGUUUGGCGGAAAUGACGCUGUCCAGAAUCCGGUCAAGGAUAGAAAGGAACUCGACGGAAUGAUUCAAAAUGAUUGUAGAGAUGAGAAGCAAGAGGCUGCCAGAGUGUGGGAAGUCAGCGGAAUCAGAAGCAGCAACAAAAUAAUCUAUAAUCAGAAUCUGACUUCACAAAAAAGGCAAGAAUAUGAAACGAAUUGCCGCCAAGGUGCAGGGUGCCAUUCUCAAGGACGCUACAGAGUAGCUACUGGCUUGUCCCAAACAUCUGGACUUGAGACUGAGCGGAAUAUCGAAUCUUCCCACGUAUGCAUUGCACGUCUUAGGAACCUGCUGCAUCGGGUUUAAUUUGGUUUAAGAAGCAAUCAAGGAAGGAGACUUUGCUUCAUUUUCCGACUCAGAGAACUGUGAAUGGCUUCAAAGGAUUGGAUAUCAGAGACCUACGAUGGACAGCAAGGCUGAGAGCAUUAGUCUGUUAUGGAGCCGAAGGGAGGAAGGGAAAGAGUAGGAGCAGCAGUGGAAAUAGGAGAGGAAGAGCAGAGGCCAAGGGGAACGAGAACAGAAGGAAAUAUAUACAGAUAACAUCUUUAACAAGACAGAAUAUCAGUCAAUGCUGCUUCUUCUCAUCAGGCAGCUUCUCGGGAAAAGGAAAAAAUGAUUCAAGAUUCUUUUCAUUUACUUUUUCUAGUCGACGUUUCCUCGCUCAUCGGUGGCGUCUUCAGGACUAAAUUGACAUACAAGUUGCUCUUUCCUGAACCGUCUGGAACAUCUUUAUUGUUAUUUGUGAGAGCGUAGCAGUGCAUCAACAGCCUGGACAACAACACAGCAGCACUAUUUUACACUACCUCAGAAUGACUACUUAACGGAAGUCUUGGAGGUCUCCCGAAUGCAUUAAUUUUCUUCCAGCAAAGAGGAAAUGAGCAGCAAAGGUAUCGAUUAAUGAGGAAGCAGCCAUGACCCAGGCUACUGACGGAAGCCAAAUCUGACAGAAAUCAUCAAGUCUGAACAGUGAGAACGAGGGUUUGGAGACGAAAAGGACCCGCCUUAUCGUAUCAUCUUCACUGAGAGUCAUGAGCGCACUGAUCCAAGUUCCGAACACAGUUCGUUGAGGAAUAACUCCGAAAGUGACUCCAGAAAUCAAGAGAGUUACUUCGAACUUUCGCUGGGCAGCGAACACGGUUUUUAAAGGAACCAGGGCGAAGCCCAUUGCAACUUGAAAUAAGGUCAUUCAAAGGCGUGAUUGAACCCAUCCCAGGGGAAGAUAAACGUCAACAGCGCAGAGGCGUCUCGAAGUCAGAAUUCCAGUUGGCCUCUCCUUUCCCCCGAAAGGUAUUUCAAGCGGUGCUCUUUUGGCAAAGGCCGCUUUCCUUUCGGUACUUCCUCGUGACCAUGGAUGGAGAGUAAAGGUCAUGUGAGGGGUCAACCUCUGUCAUGGCCUGCCCCUUCAGUAGCACUCACGUGCCCGCCGUGGGUGCCGGUAUUGAAGAUGGCGGAGCCGUGCGGGCGGGCGCUUCAGGAAGCCGAGGCUGGGACAGAGGAGUGUCCGUGGAGGGAGGAACGAGUGGUCCAGUCGAAAGCCUAGGCACAGUGCAGGAGAGAGUCAGUUCUUACACGCGCAUGACCCGAUCGCCGUCGGCACCCGCUGCAGUGGCCCGCAAAAUAUCCGGAAGAUGGUGCAAGUCUUCCAGGAUGGAUGGUGGGGUUGGGGCAGGAGCUGCACCGGGAGGAGUCAGGGGAGGGGCUUGGUCACGGUCUCAACCGAUAGAGGACGACGAGCGGCCAAUUCUGACCCCUUCCAGAGAUCCCCCUCACCCUGAUACGCCAUUAAGCCUCCAAAACCUGACAGAGGCUGUGUGGACAUUCAUCACCAUACCGGCUGACUAUUUGCUUCUGGCCUUGGACGCAUUACUGCUGACAGGAGACGUGGAGUGGAAGUCGCUAAGGAGGAAGCUGAGCAUCGUGGCGGAGAGCGUCCGUGAAUGGGACGACUGGCAUCUGGAUGACCUCCUCUCCACCCUCAUCAGUCAGCUCGAGGUAGAACAAGCAGAGUUCAUGAACAAACUUGGCCAGGAAUACGUCAAAGAAUGUCUGAAGCAGUAUGGCAAGUCCUUAGGGAGUCUUGGCUACAACAUUGAAGGCUUCUUAACCAACCUGACUGGGCUGUGCGACAUACUGAAGACAAACUCAAACCUCAAGACCAAAAAUGAUGUGCCAAGUCUCAUGUGCAAUCGUUACAAUGAUUGCAUCAUCCUUCAUUUUUUCACCAACCGAGAGGCAAUCCGAUUCUUCGUGGGGGGGAUCAUCGAAGGCGUCAGUUUGCAGAUUUUUUCGAAGCAAGUUUGUGUAACAUGUGAAAAAUGUGAUACGCCUAACGGCAAUCGUUCAAACCAUAGGUUUUAUUAUAAGUAUACAAUAAAGGAUGACAAUGUGGAACAGUUAAACGCAAGUGUGGCAAGUGAAAACUCUGCUGAGAAUGAGCCUGAGCUUGAUGCUGUUGGUGUGCAUAAAUCUUCAAAUAUUAAAGACAGUAAGGUUGGAGUCAACACCUUUUGUAAGGCGUUUCCUUGGCAUUUCGUCUGCAACAAGGCCAUGAGGCUGACUCAGAUCGGAUCAGGCUUACUUCAGGUGUUUGGAUCACAGGCCCUACAACAAAAUGAGGAAGUGAGCACAUGCUUUUCUGUCGUGUCACCGGAGGGCGUCAGCCUUACCUAUGAGAUGGUGCUUGGGAGGAUAAAUACACCCUUCGUCUUAGCUAUUAAGUACCAACAGUCUUCACGUCUUAAAAUGAAGAACAUGGAAUUAAAAGGUCAAAUGGUGGUGUGCUCAGAGAGUGAUUCCCUGCUAUUCGUUGGUUCGCCUUUGCUGGAUGGAUUAACGGCUCUCACUUCCCGCGGUCUUUUUCUCUCCGACAUCCCCAUCCACGAUGCCACAAGGGAUGUCAUUCUGGUCGGAGAACAAUCCAGAGCUCAGGAUGGGCUCAAGAGACGUAUGGCUCAGCUGAAGGAUUCCAUUGAGGAGACAAACAAUGCUGUGGAUAAGGAACGGGAGAAAAAUGUCUCGCUCUUGCAUCUCAUCUUCCCACCGGAUAUUGCCAAAAAACUUUGGUUAGGUGAGGUCAUCCAUGCACAAAAACACGACGAGGUGACGAUGCUCUUCAGUGACAUAGUUGGGUUCACGUCCAUUUGCUCUACGGCAACGCCCUUCAUGGUCAUCAACAUGCUGCAGAGUCUGUACACACAGUUUGAUGCUUUCUGCGGACAGCUAGACGUUUAUAAAGUAGAAACAAUCGGCGAUGCAUAUUGCGUAGCUGGAAACCUUCACCGCCGUAGUUCUUGGCAUGCUCAUCAGGUGGCGUGGAUGGCGCUGAAAAUGAUGCACUCUUGCACUUCGCACACCACCCACGACGGAAAACCCAUUCAGAUGCGAAUCGGUCUGCAUACCGGUUCGGUGCUGGCUGGCGUCGUUGGCACCGCAAUGCCCCGAUACUGCAUGUUUGGCUCGAAUGUCACCAUCGCUAACCAGUUCGAGUCUUCUUCAGAGCCAUUAAGAAUCAACGUUAGUCCUACUACUUACGGGCUGUUAUCUGUCAGCAAGGGCUGGAGCUUCACAGCAAGACCUCGAGAGUGUUUGCCCAAGAGUUUCCCCACCGAGAUUCCUGGAUGCCCCUACUUCUUAGACAGUUACUGCCAUUCUGACCUGACUAAUUCUGUACCAUUAUCGGAGCAAAUUGAAAAGGCCCUGGAGGCCAUAGAGUUAAGGCAGUCUUGAGGAGAAUCAAGUCUAGGAUAAAAGAGAACAUUACUAUAUUCACUGUAUCAAAAAUUGUGGGUAUCAUUGGGAAGAACGACAAUAAGAAUGGUAAUGCAGCUUUGAUAGGAGGAUACGUAUUUUUGUAUGGCAUGAGACACAGUUUUAGGAAAUACUAAUGAUCAUCAAAAGGCAAAGUCCUGAAGAGGGUGUUUUGUUUUGUCAGUCAAAACUAUAAAAGAUUUCAUGUGCAAUAAACCGCAAUGUUAAUCUGUACGCUGUGUGCAUUGUUUUUGUACUUCAAAGAUUUAUAUAUUUAUUUGCCACUCAAAAACACUCACAAAUAUCUCAAGGAAACUGGACCCGAGCUUUAUUAAUGUGCAUUUAGUAAGGUCAUUUCAACUACUCUUCUGUCGUUUGAUUUUCAAAAUGAUCCAGAAUUUAAGGUAGUCACGACGCAUUUCAAAAAUGAACCCUAAAUCCGCCUUCAUGCAAUGAUUUCCCCCUUUGCCAACAUUUCCGAUCAGAUCAGUAUAAAAGUGUUUACAUUAUAAUUAGUGUUAUAUAUCAUAAUAAAAUGAUGACUAUGGCGUGAUUAAAUACUGACGUUAUAUGUAAUUAUUAUCUAAAAUUGUAUUUUGAAGUCAGUAAGAUCAAUCUGUAUUUUUCAGUGUUAAACAAUGAGAUAUAUAUAUAUAUAU